CCUUGAACUUCACGCAUAAAGAUGACCUUGAAUCUCCUGCGUAAAGGCAGCCUUGGGUUCCCGCACCCCCACAGAGAGAUAGCCUUACCUGGGGCAGUGGGACGGGGAGUGGCCGAGACACCCACCGCAGCCGGGCGUCCCGGCAGCGCACCUGCCAGAGAGAGGAUUAAUGCAUUUCGAGACUUGGAGCCAGUAGAACCUCCUAACUGCCACCUCAUUGAGGGAAUUGAAAAUGGCUCUGAAGAUAUUGAUAUACUUCCCAGUGGGCUGGCUUUUAUCUCCAGUGGAUUAAAAUAUCCUGGCAUGCCAAGCUUUGCACCAGAUGAGCCAGGACAAAUCUUCAUGAUGGAUCUGAAUGAGCAGAACCCAAGAGCCCAGGCACUGACAAUCAGUGAUGGUUUUGACAAAACAUCAUUCAAUCCACAUGGGAUCAGUACUUUCAUUGACAAAGACCAUACUGUGUACCUUUAUGUUGUGAAUCAUCCCCACAUGAAGUCUACUGUGGAGAUAUUUAAAUUUGAGAAACAACAACGUUCUCUGGUUCACCUGAAAACUAUAGAACACGAACUUCUCCAAAGUGUGAAUGACAUCGUGGCUCUCGGACCAGAACAGUUCUAUGCCACCAGAGACCACUAUUUUACCAGCCACUUCUUGUCACUAUUAGAGAUGUUCAUAGAUCUUCAGUGGACUUAUGUUCUUUUCUAUAGUCCAAGGGAGGUCAAAGUGGUGGCCGGAGGAUUUAGUUCUGCCAAUGGGAUCACAGUCUCACCAGACAAAAAGUAUAUCUAUGUAGCUGAUGUAACGGCUAAGAACAUUCAUGUAAUGAAAAUUCACGAUAACUGGGAUUUAACUCGACUGAAGGUAAUACAGUUGGACACCUUAGUGGAUAACUUAACUAUCGAUCCUGACACAGGAGAUAUUUUGGCAGGAUGCCAUCCUAAUGCCAUGAAGUUGCUGGUCUAUAACCCCAAGGAUCCUCCAGGGUCAGAAGUACUUCGCAUCCAGGAUGUUCUGUCUGAGAAGCCCAGGAUAAGCACGGAGUAUGCCAACUCGGGCUCUGUGCUUCAGGGCAGCUCUGUGGCUUUUGUGCACAACAGGAGACUUCUCAUAGGCACCGUAUUUCACAAAGCUCUGUACUGUGAGCUCUAGACUCCAGAUGAGCCAAGAGUCUACAUGUUUAGUAAAAGUAAAACCCUAAUUCUAGGAUGAGGGGACUGCAAGUAAAUCACAAACACCAACAGAAGUGUGUCUGGCUUUCCUUACAGAUAGAAUUAAAGAAGCAGAGAGAUUCCAUAAUAUUCACCAAGUUGCAAAUCAAGAUAGUGACAGUCCAACAAUGAGCCAAAUCUCUCAACUGUUUUGUCCAGUACUCCCAGUAUUCUUUCCACCUAGGACUCCUUGGUAGCUGUGUGUCAAAAUCACCUCCUACAACAGUCAUGUUCUGAGCCUGCUCCAAUCUAGCCCA